GGUGGCGGAGCCCGGCAGGCCGGAGCGGAGCCGCCCGGCGCUGCCGGACCCAGCUCGAGUGGCUGGGAUGCCGCCCCCCCCCCCCCGCUCCCUCCCUUCCCGCUCUCCCCCUUCCCUCGCAGGAGCCUUCUGCGCGUAGUUUAAUGGCUUUGCAAAGAAAGCCGGGCAGGAGAGCACUUUCCUCAGUGGCUGUGGUCAGACCAUGACCUAACUCAUCAUGAACUUGGAAGGGCUCGAAAUGAUAGCAGUUUUGAUCGUGAUUGUGCUUUUUGUUAAAGUGUUGGAACAGUUUGGGCUGAUUGAAGCAGGUUUAGAAGGUUUCCUCUACGCUCAGAACAGUACCAAACGCAGCAUUAAAGAGCGACUUAUGAAGCUCUUGCCCUGCUCGGCUGCCAAAACGACAUCUCCUGUUACUCAAAACACUGUAGAAGAUGAAAUGGAAAUGGCCACAGUACGACAUAGACCUGAAGCUCUUGAGCUGCUGGAAGCACAGAGUAAAUUCACAAAGAAGGAACUUCAGAUCUUAUAUAGAGGUUUCAAGAAUGAAUGUCCCAGUGGCGUUGUCAAUGAAGAAACGUUCAAAGAGAUUUACUCUCAGUUCUUUCCACAGGGAGAUUCCACAACUUAUGCACAUUUUCUGUUUAAUGCAUUUGAUACUGAUCACAAUGGAUCUGUAAGUUUUGAGGAUUUUGUUAUGGGUCUCUCAAUUUUACUCCGAGGGACAGUACAAGAGAAACUGAACUGGGCUUUCAAUUUGUAUGAUAUAAAUAAGGAUGGAUAUAUAACUAAAGAGGAAAUGCUUGAUAUCAUGAAAGCAAUAUAUGACAUGAUGGGGAAAUGCACUUAUCCUGUUCUCAAGGAGGAUGCACCUAGACAACACGUGGAAACGUUUUUCCAGAAAAUGGACAAAAACAAAGAUGGAGUAGUGACCAUAGAUGAAUUCAUUGAGAGCUGCCAGAAGGAUGAGAAUAUAAUGCGAUCCAUGCAGCUCUUUGAAAAUGUGAUAUAAAGAAGGCAUUAGGUCAACAUCUAAUGGACAAACAUGAGCUAUUCUGCAAUACUAUCCAAAAGAUGGAUUUCCCACUUUACCAUAAAUAAAAUUAUUCAGCUUUAUACUGAGACAUGUAUUAUGCAAAUAAGCAUUUUUUUAUUAGAAAGUUUCCCCCUGCAUCUUUUCAAAUUAUACUAUUUAGCAACUCAACAGUGGAUACUUAACAAGAUUGGUCUGAAAAGUCAGGUUUUUAUUUCAAAACCCCCAAAAUAGGACCUGACUUUAUGCAGCUUUAUUACCAUUCCAACCCCUAGAUAAAAUAGAUUUAAUCUCACAAGGAGAUUAAUUUAAUACUCUUAGUUUUGCUACUCAUUUGUACUGGAUUCAGCUCCAGGUGUUUGAGUGUAUUUAUUAAAUCUCAGCUUCUAAUUUAUACAGAGGCAUUACCAUGUAUUUCCUUUCCACGUUUGUAUGGUGUAGUCCUCAGUUUUUUUUAAUAAUAAUUUAAUGUACUAUGUGCAACAUGCAAUGCACAGCUUGCUGCAAUUGCCUUCCACCUUUGACUUGCUUCUCUCCUCUUUUGAAAAAGACCAAAACCCCAAACCCACUUGAGAGGAAGAGAUAUUAUGUAACACAAAUUUAAAAAUUAUAAUUGCUUAGGUAGAUUUAUUUCCUAACAAAUACCAGUAAGCUUCUAUUAAUCAUACUUAUCUAUUAAAUCUGCAUUUAUUUUUUCAUGACAUUAAUAUCAGGAGUCCUUAAAUACUGUAUUACUAAUUAUUCUUGGACAUAUACACAAAGAUCUUUGCUUAAAAUUAAGAAUCUUCUGACCUUGAAUUUUUCAUGAAGAAAACUUAACUGGAUCCUAACACUGUGUUCAUGGGUAUGUGUCUUGUUGCCUUUAAUGAAGAAAAAAAACACAAAGUUCCUUUGAAACUUCCAUUCCUCUUCAGUGCACAGACUGAGUAUUGCUAUGUAGUAAUAUCUACUAAUAACAAAUUCUAGACAGGAUAACAUCUGUCAGCUUUUUUGUAAUAUCUUUAAUUAUGAGAAAGAAUUAGGAAAAAAAAUGAAGCUUCAGCUAUACAAUAUCAUCUAUAUGUGAUAAGUGCAUUAAUUUUUUAGGAUAAUUUCCUCAUUAAUAUUGGAGCAAGCUUAAUUCUGAAUCUAGAUAAAAAUGUAUGCCCCCUCCAAUACAUGUAAUUCUUAAGAUAUAUUGUCCAGGGAUUUAUGCCAAUACUUCAAAAUAGGUGAAAUGCUAUCAGAGAUGAGCCAAUCUUCAUUGUGACAUUGCUGCAGAAAAUGUGAAAUAGGAUUAAUGAAGUAGAAAGAAUGUGGCAAACAUUCUUUUGCCAAAAAAAAAAUAAAUCAGGUAUCUAUUCUGGUGUAGAGAUGGGAUGUUAGAGGCAUGUUGAAGGCUGCUCUGCUAUCACCAGUGUAGGAUAAGAGUAGUACAAUACAUGUACACUUGAAAUUUGCUGUAGCGUGUUUGUGUAAACUAAAUGUGCACAUUUUGUAAAAAAAAAAAAAAAAAA